GCGGACUCCAAGCCGCGGAUCUUGCUGAUGGGGUUGCGGCGCAGUGGGAAGUCCUCCAUCCAGAAGGUGGUGUUUCACAAAAUGUCUCCCAACGAGACUCUAUUCUUGGAAAGUACCAACAAGAUCUACAAAGAUGAUAUUUCAAACAGUUCAUUUGUGAAUUUUCAAAUAUGGGAUUUUCCUGGACAGAUGGACUUUUUUGAUCCAACAUUUGAUUAUGAGAUGAUCUUCAGAGGAACAGGUGCUCUAAUAUAUGUUAUUGAUGCCCAGGAUGACUACAUGGAAGCCUUAACAAGACUCCAUAUUACAGUUUCAAAAGCCUACAAGGUCAACCCAGAAAUGAACUUUGAAGUUUUUAUUCAUAAAGUUGAUGGUUUAUCGGAUGACCAUAAAAUAGAAACUCAGAGGGAUAUUCAUCAGAGGGCUAAUGAUGACCUUACGGAUGCAGGGCUUGAAAAACUUCACCUUAGCUUUUAUUUGACCAGUAUCUAUGACCAUUCAAUAUUUGAAGCCUUCAGUAAAGUGGUACAGAAGCUCAUUCCGCAACUGCCAACGCUGGAAAAUCUACUAAAUAUCUUUAUAUCAAAUUCAGGCAUUGAAAAGGCUUUUCUCUUCGACGUAGUCAGCAAAAUCUACAUUGCAACAGACAGUUCUCCUGUGGACAUGCAGUCGUAUGAGUUGUGCUGUGACAUGAUUGAUGUAGUGAUAGAUGUUUCCUGUAUAUAUGGGUUAAAGGAAGAUGGCACUGGAAGCGCUUACGAUAAAGAAUCAAUGGCAAUCAUCAAGCUCAAUAACACAACAGUCCUGUACUUAAAGGAAGUAACAAAGUUUUUGGCAUUAGUUUGCAUUCUUAGAGAAGAGAGUUUUGAGCGCAAAGGUCUGAUAGACUACAAUUUUCAUUGCUUCCGCAAAGCCAUUCAUGAAGUCUUUGAAGUAGGUGUUGCCUCCCACAGAAUCUGCAACCAUCAAUCAAGCGCCUCAAAUAUGAAAGCAGUGACUCACAAUGGCACACCUAGGAAUGCAGUCUAGAGGAAAACUGAAGAUGUUGGAUAGACUUGUCAGCUCUUCACUCCAAAGUGUUGUGGAACAAGAGAAGAGUAGUCUGAAAGCCUGAAGUAUGUUUCACAGGAGAAGAGUGGCGCUAACUGCGGAACAGCAGCUUGUAACUCAUGUUGAACGACUGAAACUACUGUAAAAAUACAUAGAGGCCAGUGGAGUUAGAAAUGCCAGUUUGAAACCAGCUUUAUUACAAGCACAGUGGUUUUUCAGUUUGGAGUUCUAUUUUAACAGUCUGUCUCUGACUGAUUGCCCGGUCAAAACUCACAAAUGAUUGAGUUUUGCGUAAAACACUGAAUAGUCACUUGCUCAACACUUCUUUUGUUUG